CAAUAUUAUGAUCUGCUACAUCUCUUCGAAUAUGGUGGAUUUCCCCUAGAAAGCAACUACUUGUUUCUCAGAGAUUAUCUGGAUCAAGGGAAACAGUCCUUGAAAACUAUUUGUCUAUUUCUGACAUACAAAAUAAAGUAUACAAAGAAUUUCUUUCUUCUUCGAGGAAAUCAUGAGUGUGCUAGCAUUAACAGAAUCUAUGGCUUUUAUGAUGAAUGUAAAAGAAGGCAUAACAUUAAAUUAUGGAAAACCUUUACAGACUGCUUCAAUUGCUUGCCAAUAACUGCCAUAGUAGAUGAGAAGAUUUUUUGCUGUCAUGGAGGUUUAUCACCUGACCUUCAAUCAAUGGAACAAAUCAGGAAAAUUAUGUGUCCUACUGAUAUUCCAAACCAGGGUCUUCUCUGUGACUGGUUUUGGUCUGACCCUGACGUGUUAGGCUGGGGUGAAAAUGACUGGGGUGUAUCGUUUACUUUUGGGACAGAAGUUGUGGCAAAGUUCCUUCACAAACAUGAUCUGGAUCUCAUUUGUCGAGCUCAUCAGGUAGUUGAAGAGAGAAUAUGA